UCCGUGUUCCUCCUAAACUUGUUGGGGAAAAGAGUGCAUUUGUUGAUGCAGGCGAAAGUGCAAACUUGUGCGAAAGCUAGAACAACCGAAGAAGAUAUGCUUUCACAUGCAUUCAUGUGUGCGAUCUUGAUGGCAUGUAACGGAAUAUUAUGCCUGGAGGAGGAAAAUAAUCGUUCUCAAGAAUCUGUCGAGCAACGGAGCUACGUGCCUCCAGAUCCAGCCCCUGAGGAACCCGACAGUAACCGGCGUCCAGAUGUCUGCUUUUUGCCACGUGAUCCCGGACACUGCAGUACAUAUAGAUGGGACCCGCCGCAACGGUGGUUCUACGACAGGGACUUGGGAGCAUGCUCUCCAUUUAUUUACAGCGAGUGCGGUGGAAAUGAAAACAGAUUUAGAUCUUGUCAUGAAUGUAAAGAAGUAUGCAAAGCUGAAACGUGUGCCGAAAGAAUACAGGAGAAGUGACGAGCUGCCAUCAUAUAUUAGACAUGCCAAGAGAGUAAUACAUUGCUGUAACGGAAUAUUAUGCCUGGAGGUGGAAAAUAAUCGUUCUCAAAAAUCUGCCGAGGAACGGAGCUACGUGCCUCCAUAUCCACCCUAUGAAUAUCCAGACCCUGAGGAAUCCGACUAUGACAGGCGUCCAGAUUUCUGCUUUUUGCCACAUGAUCCCGGACACUGCCGGACAUGGAACCCGGCGCAUCUGUGGUUCUACGACAGGGACUUGGGAGCGUGCUCUCCAUUUAUUUACAGCAAGUGCGGUGGAAACAGAAACAGAUUUAGAUCUUGCGCUGAAUGUAAAGAAGCAUGCAAAGCUGAAGCGUGUGCUCAAAGAGUACACAAAAAGUGACGAGGUGCCAUCAUAUAUUAGACAUGUCAAGGGAGUAAUACAUUUCUCUAUUGACUUCGCAGGAACAAUUUUCGACCAAUUUCCGUUUUGCGGCCACAAAAUUCACCAUGCAGUCUAUUACGUAGCCCAUAUGUGAGUCUCAAGAAGCUCCUAAUAAAUUUUGACAGUCGUGUAUGACAAAAUAAAGGCCAGGCCGAGACUUUUCAUGUUCUCGGAAAUGAAAUCUUUCA